GCUUUAAAUUUUCGUAACCUCUUCAAAAACAUGAAAUAUACUUGUUCUAUCUUAUAUUUUACAGCGAAAGAAGCGUGAAAUAGUGUAUAUGCAUUGUGAAGUGUUUUGCCAUAUAUCUUUAUACAUUUUUAGUUACUUUUUACUUAAAAAACUGUCAACUUUCUCUGCAUUUGUUUCUCUACGUUGUGCAUAAAUUGCUGUUUGGUGAGACUUUAUCGUUCUGUACAAUGACUACAGCCAGUCCUAGGAUCCCAAAUUUGCAGGACACAGCUACACCUUUUGGUGUACAAUUGUCUGGAGUAUAUAAACAAAGUUUUGCUUAUACAACAAUCAAAGAUAGAUUGCCAGUGAUAUUAACAAGAAUUAUCGAUACAUUCUGUCAAAACAAAAACCAGAUUAUAGAUACAUAUGGCCAGGGUGCAACAGAAGAUAUCAAAUAUAUCAUAGGGUUUAUAAGUCAACUAAAAAAUGAAAUAGUUACUAACAAGACUUUAAAACCCUUGCGAUUAAAUCCUAAGGCAAUUUCUAAUGAUGCGGAGGAAUGGAAUAAAUAUCUAGAAUAUAGAACUCGUGUAGAAGGUGAAACACCCACAUGGUUUAAUACAAUAUGGUUAUACUGUGAAACUUACAUGUACCGUGUGUUAGCUCAAGAAAUUGGUUUAACGAGUACCAUACAGAAUUAUGAUCCAUUUGAACAACAUAAACAAGCUGUCUUUAUUAAUUCCAUUGAUUCCGUGGAUGCUGUUGCCUUGUAUGUAAAAAAUAUAAUAUCUGAUGAAAAAUAUAACAAGGAGAACUCUAAAAAUGAUUUUGUAAAAUUAUUAAAAUUGAGCCUGUGGAGUAACAGGUAUGAUCUGUCUUUAAGUGCUGGAGCUGCUCUUAAACAAACUGGUAAUCCGGUUGAUGUAGUGGAAUCUUUUGAUGAAGAUAUAUUAGUAAAUGAUUGGGAGCCUGUAUGGCAUAUCGUAAAAGAAAACCUGGAAGAAAAUGGUGAUAACAUUCAUAUAGUAUUUGACAAUGCAGGAUAUGAACUCUUCUCAGAUCUGUGUUUAGCAGCGUUUCUCGUCACUAUUGUACCUACAACUAAGAUAACAUUUUAUGUAAAAGCAUAUCCAUGGUACGUGAGUGACACAACAAUUGACGAUUUUCACUGGAUAUUAGACUACAUGAGUAGUCGAGACGGUUAUCCAAACCUGCAAUUAUUGAGCAAGACCUUCAAGGAAUUUUUGGAUCGUAAAAUUUGGAAUGUUAAGAAAGAGCCUUACUGGACAGGACCAUAUGACUUUAGGCAAAUGAAAGAAAAGGAGAUAAAGACGUAUAUUCAACUUUCCAGUGCUAAAUUAGCAAUAUUUAAAGGUGAUUUAAAUUAUAGAAAACUUCUAGGAGAUAUUAAUUUUGAGUAUAGUACAAGUUUCAUAACUGCAUUGGGAGAUUUUCGACCUACAAACAUUUUGAGUUUACGCACUCUGAAGUCUGACGUCUGUGUUGGAUUGCCACACGGUAUGGCUGAAAAAUUAUUUGAAAAAAAUAAAAAUUGGUUGCUAACUGGAGAGUAUGGUCUCAUUCAAGCAGCUGUUGGUCUACAUAAAUCACAUCUUUCUUGAAGAACUGAAUAAAAGAAUGUGGCUAAUUGAAUUAUAAUUAUAACUGAUUGUAAUUACAAUCAUUGCACAAAUGUGAAAAGUAUAUGUUGAAUAAAAUAUAUGUACAAA